AACUCGCGCUUCGGUCGUGUUUAAUGCAUGUAUUUUUAACGCGAAAAUGCUUAAAUUAGUAAAAGGUUUACGGCGGUUGAAUGUAAAGUGCCGGCAGUACAGUUAUGCUACAGUGAUAGGAAGUGAGCCAAACAGAAAUGAUCCUUACUAUCAAGAAAAUAAGACAAAAAUGGAAGAACUUGUCGAGGAGCUACGUCUGAAAACAAAUGACGCUAUCAAAGGCGGCCCUGAGGAGGCGGUAAAAAGGCACACGGCGAGGGGAAAAUUACUAGUAAGAGACAGGAUUAACCGGUUAGUCGACGAAGGAAGCGACGUUUUAGAACUAAGCACAUUGGCCGCCACUGAUAUGUACAAAGGUCAGGUGCCGAGCGCCGGCAUCGUUACUGCUAUCGGUAAAGUUCAAGGUCGGGACUGCAUGAUUGUUGCGAACGACGCUACCGUUAAAGGAGGAACUUAUUUUCCUAUCACCGUCAAGAAACACUUAAGAGCUCAGGCAAUUGCACAGGAAUGCCGGCUUCCUUGCAUUUAUCUCGUUGACUCGGGUGGAGCUCAUUUACCUGACCAAGCGGAUGUAUUUCCGGAUAGAGAACACUUCGGCAGGAUAUUUUAUAAUCAAGCAAAUAUGUCUUCAGAAGGUAUACCACAAAUAUCCGUUGUAAUGGGAUCUUGUACGGCUGGCGGUGCAUAUAUUCCGAGUAUGUCUGACGAAAGUAUUAUAAUUAAGAACCAAGGUACAAUUUUCUUGGCCGGCCCACCAUUAGUGAAGGCGGCUACAGGUGAAUCAGUUUCAGCCGAGGAUCUAGGAGGUGCUGACUUACAUUGUCGUCAAUCCGGAGUAACUGACCAUUAUGCUCAAGAUGAUGAGCAUGCAUUACACUUGGCUAGGAAUGUCGUUGCAAACCUAAACUGGAAUAAUGAUCAAAGAGUGAGAGUGUAUAGUCCAAAAGUCGAUAAUCCACUACAUGAUAUUGAGGAUCUACAUGGUAUUGUGGGGGCUAAUAUACAAAGGCCUUUUGACAUCCGUGAAGUAAUUGCUAGAGUAGUUGAUGGCAGUAGAUUCCAUGAAUUUAAACAACUAUAUGGCGAGACAUUAGUAUGUGGAUUCGCGUCUAUAUAUGGACAUGCUGUGGGCGUCAUCGGUAAUAAUGGAGUGUUACAAUCGGAAGCUGCUUUAAAAGGUUCGCAUUUCAUUCAACUUUGUGCUGCUCGGAAAAUACCUUUAUUGUUCCUUCAAAAUAUCACUGGAUUUAUGGUAGGUAGGGAGGCCGAAGCUGGUGGGAUUGCAAAGAAUGGCGCAAAAAUGGUAACAGCUGUAAGCUGUUUCAAAGGGCCUAAGAUAACCGUUAUAGUAGGCGGUAGUUUUGGGGCAGGUAAUUACGGUAUGUGUGGUAGAGCCUACUCUCCAAGUUUCUUGUACAUGUGGCCGAAUGCCAGAAUUUCUGUAAUGGGAGGACCUCAAGCCGCUACCGUUCUUUCGUUAGUAGCUAAAGAGAAGGCUAAUAGAGAUGGCAAAACCUGGACAGAUGAAGACGAGAGAAAAGUUAGAGGACCUUUAGAAGCUCAAUUUGAAAAAGAAGGUCGGCCAUAUUAUAGUACGGCUCGGCUUUGGGAUGACGGUAUAGUGGCUCCGAGAGAUACACGAAAAGUUAUAGGACUUAGUUUAUCAGUUGCUUUGAACGCUCCAUUCAGAGACAGUAAAUUCGGUGUUUUCAGAAUGUGAAAAUGAUAAGUUUGAAGGACAAGUUUAAAUGUGUGAUAAAGAGUGCUAUUUAUGAUAACACUGUUUCGAAGUGGUAAUUCUGUUACAAUUUAAUGAAUCUUGAUUUGUUUAAUGAUUACGUUUAUCAGUGUUGAUAGCAGUAUCGCAGUCAUUAUUUUUAUUUAAGAAUAAAAAAAUACAAACUGUUCACAAUAUUCGAAUAAACAAAUUGGAUAUUAAUGAAAUAUAUAUAUUUUAUCGUAUUCCGUUUCACAGUAAAUUAUACAACAACUAUUAUAAAAGUCAAAGUUUCAUUCCGGACUAUUAGAUAACUUUAGUCUCAAACACAACACUUUUAUUAAGGAUAUUCGUCUCAUUAAUCAAUUUGGAUCAAUCUGUUUUGGAAACAACAUGGCAAAUAAAUUUCAACUUUACUGUGUAAGUAAUAAAAUUUAGUUUAAAUCGACGGUAAGCAGGGCACGUUUAGAAAGAACAACAUAAUUACAUCGAGAACAAUAGUGCGAUAAAAACAAUAUCCGCCUCUUAUUAAUAUGUAAAUUAAUACGACCUGUGAAUACAGCUUGUUGGGUUCACGUAUUUUUAAUACACAGCUAAUUUAGGAACAGUAUCAAUUGUUGUUUUUAUGACUGUUGUAAUGAAAGUGAUUGAGUUAUCUAAAUCUUAUAUAUAGAAAAGUAUGUUAGUAUAUCUGAUUGAGAUUGAGAGGCUUCGAGACCGUUUGACCGAUUGCCAUAAAAGUUGGCACAUAUAUGUAUUUUUUAUGGAGAAGGUUUAUACACUAUCCGUUUUGAUGUGAUUUUUUUGAGUUGGCGCUAUAGCACAUGAACUUCUACAGCGUUCAAGUGAUCGCCGUAAAAAAAAUAUUAAACAUGUUUUUUAUUUGUAUUUAAAUAUAUUUUCGUUCGUAUAUUAUUAUACGUUUAAGUAUCGUUCAUCUGAUUGAGUUGUUACUUUUUAAAGUUGUUAUUAACAAUUGCGUGUAGGUUUCCGGUAUAGGAACAUCAAAGUAAAAUAGGGUGCGCGAGAGUCAAGUAAUGCAACGCAUGGCGGGCGUUAGCUAUUUUAUUUAGAUAUUCCGUGUUAUAUCGACAAGUUCACUGUAGACAGUAUAUUUAUUUAUGUAAAUAAAGUUAAUAUAUAUGCAUUUACGAUG